AUGCAGAGAAUCGAAGCUGCAAUUGAGAAAGCUGUUCGAUAUCGUGCGAAUGGGAUUCUUAUAACAGAAACGUUCGACUUGGCUAGAAAACAAGCGGAGGCGGCUUUGCAAAAUGGACAGACACCUUUUCCUGUGGUCAUCAAGGAUUGCUUCGCGUGCGUUCCAACAUUUCUUGUGCAUAGCUCUCUUUUUAAGCCUGAAAGAUUAUCCGACGACAUGUUCUUCGAUGAUGCUCGAAUCUUUCGUCCCGCCAUAUACAUCCAAAGUGGUCGAGAAGCUGAUAAGUCGAGGUUUUUCUUUCUUCGAAAAUGUUCAUGAUAAAGACAACAGGCGCUUGUAUUAUCGGUAAAGCCAACCAUGACGAGUACAGCAUGGGAACGUCGAGCGUUCUCGGCCAUUUCGGUCCAGUAAAAGUGAGUGAAAUUGGGGACAAAGCAAAGGAAAAAGUUAGAGCGCUUUGGAAGACGCUUCAAAGUACGACUGGCUGGUCCCUGGGGGCAGUUCUGGCGGUUCUGCCGUCGCCGUACAGGCUGGUCUAGCCGAUAUGUGCGUUUUCUGUCUAUUCACCUACAAGGAAACUUCUCAGGGCUCUCGCGUCUGACACUGGCGGCUCAACCAGGAAUCCAGCGGCAUUCAACGGAGUUUUUGGCUUCAAACCAACGUAUGGAACUCUUUCGCGAUAUGGACUUGUUCCUUUGGUUUUUUUUUCAUUUUUUUCAUAUAAAUUUUUGAGGCGAAUUCUCUUGAUUCACCUUCAAUUAUUGCGCGUUCGGCGGAAGAGUGUUGGAAAUAUUUCGGUUUGAAACAGGCGUAUUUAUAUAUUUCAAAUAAUUUAGAGUACAUGACGGGAAAGGAAGUUGAUGAUUCUACUUCUACUGAUUCCACAAAGUAUCUCGGAAAAAGUUCGAUAAAAGGCCUGGUUGUGGGAGUUCCGCGGGUACGUCAAAUUCCUAUUUUUAGUUGAAAAAGAUUUAUUAAGGAAUAUCACAACGAAAAGUUAUCAGAAGAUGGGUGGCAGGUGUGGAACAGCUCUUUGAACAACCUGAAGAAAAACGGCGCUCUAAUCAAAGGAGUAACGCUCCCUUUCACGAAAUAUUCUUCAGCUUGUUAUCAUGUCAUAACUACUGUCGACGUUGCAUCUAAUAUGGCCAGGUAGGCUUGACGAACCGUUGUUAUUUACCCAAGCAGUCUGAAUUUCGCUGUGCUUCUUUGGAAACGGGAAAUCAAUUUUUCGAUAUCCCCCGAAACCGAAAUUUUGUUUUUGAAAGUAUCAACUUGCAAAACUUCUCUAUUAAUUUUUUCAUAUCUUUCUUUUGUUGGCUGAUGCCGUGUUCAAAGUAAUUUCAGCGAUUUUAAAAUAGAAGCGAUAUUCGUUUAAAAUGAUUUCGGAAAAUAGGCAGAUAUUCCGGGAAGGCGUGGAAAAUUUGAGAUAUAUCGCAAGAUUUGCAUUUUUACUGUGACUUCUUCCCCCCAACCUAAAAUUUUGUAAUUUUUCGGGCAUUUUCUACGAAAAAUUUGAAUUCGCGCGUAAAACUCACCGUCAAAAAGGCAUAUCUUGCGAUAUAUCGUUGCAGGACUCAUUUUUCUGCGCCCUCCCGGAAGACAAAAUAUUUCUAUUCCCCGAAGUCAUUCUAAACGAAUAACGCGACCAUAUGAAAUCGCCGAAAUUAAUUUGAACACGGCAUGAGACAAUAAGACACUUGUAGAACAAUUGUACAUUCCAAUAGAAAGUUUGGAUUUUUCACAUGAAAAGAUCCAAUUUUAACGUAUUAAAAAUAACAGUGCGAUUUUUAGUGGAUUUACUUCUUCAUUUUUCAGAAAUUGUGAUAAAUGGACAGAAUACGAUUCAGAUACGAUGGCAUUGCUUAUGGAUAUCGGCCUUCGGAAGAAUCUUCAACCUACGCUAUGUACGCCGAGUCUAGGAGUACUGCUCUGAACACAGUUGUACGGAAGAGGAUAAUCGCCGGCAACUUUUUGCUUCUUAGAAGGCAUGUAUUGAGAGAAAAAAUGUGUUGAUUUUAAAUCAUCGCUGAAGAUUCAAUGUAGUAUGAAAGAAAAAUCUGUUUGAGAAAACGGGAUAAAUUCUCAAACGAAAAAAAAUAAUACUAAUCAAAUUUCAGAUACCGAAAAGAAUUCUACGAACGCGCAUUGAAGGUCCGACGCCUUAUAAAAAAUGAGCUCGACAAGGCUUUGGGAGAAGUCGACGUCUUAGUUACUCCGACCGCCAGUGGUACUGCGCCUAUGUACUCUCAACUGCGCCAAAGUUCCUACUCCAGAGAGGACGAGGACGAUUAUUUCACGCAAGCCGCCAACCUCGCUGGUAACUCAUCUCAUCAAUCGAAAUCAUCAUUUGUCUCCGACCUUCCAGGAAUUCCGGCAAUAUCGGUUCCCUUCGUCCGCGACUACAGUCUCCCUAUUGGGAUACAAGUCAUGGCCGCAAGAAAAUGUGAUAAACUCGCUUGUGAUGUAGGACAAUUUUUAUACAAAGUUAAUUUUGUGAAUAGUUAACAUAUAUCUAAGUAGAACUCGAUUAUAGUCUUUUUAUUACAAAUAAAUUGAAAGUUUAUCUGAUGUCUUUUAUGGCGACAACUUCCUUCAAAUGACAAUGAACUUCAGCAAACAGCGCACAUGAACACCAUAACUGGCCUGUAUGUAUCGUCAUAA